CUACGAGUCGCCGUUACUAAGGUUUUCUCGCAAAGAGGAAGGAACAGACGUGAAGAUCCACAGAGCGAGAGAGAGAGAGAGAGAUGGGAAGGGAAGUCCAGCCACAGCAGCAGCAGGGUUCCUACACGGUGGAGCAGCUUAUCGCUCUCAAUCCCUACAAUCCCGAGAUCUUACCCGAUCUCGAGAACUAUGUCAAUGAGCAGGUUGCUUCACAAACGUAUAGUCUGGAGGCUGCUCUCUGUCUGCUUCGGCUUUAUCAGUUCGAGCCUGAGCGCAUGAGUACUCAAAUUGUGACUCGUAUCCUGAUCAAGGCUCUUAUGGCGAUGCCAGCUCCAGAUUUCAGCCUCUGCCUCUUCUUGAUUCCUGAAAAAGUGCAAAUGGAGGAGCAGUUCAAGACACUGAUCGUUCUCUCGCAUUACCUGGAGACUGGGAGGUUCCAACAGUUCUGGGAUGAAGCUGCCAAGAGCCGCCACAUAGUUGAAGCUGUUCCUGGUUUCGAGCAAGCUAUCCAAGCGUAUGCAGUUCACGUCCUUAGCUUGACUUACCAAAAGGUUCCUAGAUCUCUGCUUGCCGAGGUUGUUAACAUGGAAGGUGCAUCUCUGGACAAGUUCAUUGAGCACCAUGUCGCCAACAAUGGAUGGACGGUCGGUAAAGCUGACGGAAGUAUCAUUCUGCCCCAAAACGAAUACAACCAUCCCAAGCUCAAGAAAAAUGCCGGUGAGAGCGUCCCCUUGGACCACGUUGCUCGCAUCUUCCCCAUCCUUGGCUGAACACCUCCUCUUGUCCGGAAAAUGACCUCCUUUCUUGUAUUUGGUUGCUACUUAAGCUCGUGUCCGAUACAAACUUCAGGAUCGGUGGAAUGAAUUUUGAUGUUAGUCUUCUGUUCAUUACCAGCUUAGCUCCUGGACUGGCGUUCAUA